AUGGAAUCGGAGGUGGUGGGCCCUUCAUCCCUGGCGGCGCUUCGCCUUAAUGACGCGACGACCUGGUGGGACGCCGUCAAUGAGUCGCCCUUAUGGCAGGAUCGUAUAUUCCAUCUGCUCGCCGCCCUCUAUGGGAUCGUUGCCGCUGUUGCUUUUAUACAAUUAAUUAGAAUACAACUAAGAGUACCAGAGUAUGGAUGGACGACGCAGAAAGUAUUCCAUUUCCUGAAUUUCUUGGUCAAUGGAGUUCGUUGCAUAGUUUUCGCAUUCCGUCGGGAUGUCCAGAAGUUAAACCCUGAGAUUGUCCAACACAUCUUGCUUGAUAUGCCUAGCCUUGCGUUUUUCACGACAUAUGCUUUGCUUGUAUUGUUCUGGGCAGAAAUCUAUUAUCAGGCUAGGGCUGUAUCAACUGAUGGGCUGAGGCCUAGCUUUUACACUAUAAAUGGUGUUGUUUAUGCCAUUCAGAUAAUUCUGUGGUUAAUUUUAUGGUGGAAACCCAUCCGCAUACUGAUGAUUUUAUCCAAGAUGUUCUUUGCAGGUGUAUCCUUAUUUGCGGCCUUGGGAUUUCUUCUCUAUGGUGGAAGGCUUUUCUUAAUGCUACAAAGAUUCCCGGUGGAAUCGAAAGGACGACGCAAGAAGCUACAGGAGGUUGGCUACGUGACCACAAUAUGUUUUUCGUGUUUCCUCAUUAGAUGCGUUAUGAUGUGCUUUAAUGCAUUUGAGGCUGCUGCGGAUCUUGAUGUCUUGGAUCAUCCUAUCCUGAAUUUUACUUAUUAUUUGCUAGUGGAGAUCUUGCCUUCAUCUCUUGUUCUCUUCAUCUUGAGGAAAUUGCCUCCGAAGCGUGGGAUCACACAAUAUCAUCCAAUCAGGCUUGGACUGGUCAUAAUUCGGUUGUCACUAUCAUAUGAGGGGGUAUUGGGGAUGCUAUCAAGGGUACUACCAGGGUGUGACGAUCUCUUGAGGUGCGACGAUCUCUUGGGGCGCGGCGACCUGCUGAGGCGCGACGACCUAUCUAGGUAG